UUAAUCCCUCCACCAAUCUCUUAUAUUUUCACACCACCCACCAGUUUCAUUCCCCACCCCUCCUCCCUCCCUCUCUCUAUCAAUAAUCCCAUUUAAGAAUCCUCCAUUUUUAUUUCUUGAAUAUCUAUUGUUGUCUGAGUUGAGGUAUCGGCUGUAGAUCUACCGCCUCAUCUGCUUCUCUUUGGCUGAUUCUCUGAGAACGAAAGUUCUAGAUAAUCAGUCUUCCAUACAUUUCUUCUCUUUUGAGUAUUGGGAUAAACUCAUUUGGAGGCCUAAUGCAAGGGCAACGGAAUUCUAUCAGUACAUUGCCCGAAGAUCUAACUUAUGAUCAUGGGUCUGCGUCAAGUGAUGCCAACAUAGAUUCCCGAAUGCCCUGGAAUAAUAUGCAGACUUCUGCAGAUGCUCGGCUACCAGAGUACAAAAUCCCGCCAAGUGAGACUGAUACUCAGCAUCCACAUCAUAUAGGGCACAGUCAGUGGAGUUUAGGUGAAACUAGUUCUGGUGCAGCACAAUGUCCAUUUGAUCGCAACAAGAGAAAAAGAGAGCACAGAUGGAGUGUUCCCUCUCGAGCUGCUCUCGACUUGGAAGAAUGUCAGCUUGAAUCAUCUAAUAUUCCUCAAUUGGACAAUGUUGUAGUUGAUGGACAAGGCAAUCAGGCAUCAAACGUUUCGUCUCCUCUGCAGCUUGCUGGACCUGUAGGUGACGGGCAUCAGAUAAUUGAGCGUCCCAAUAGACAUAUAUCUGUUGGAUCAUCGAGCGAGAAAAGGCCUUCUACUGGCAGCUCCUCCGAUGCUCUUGGUAUGUCUUCCGGGUAUCGUUCUUUGGAUGGUCGACGCAAGAGAAAGGCCAUUGAUGUACAAGCUGGACAGUCUUCUGGAGCGGGAAGUUCAAAUUGUUCUGGACAUGCUGAAAGAAGUCAACGUCGUGCUGUAAUGUCAGCCCCUCCCCCGAUUGCUGCUAGUACUGUUGUUAUGUCAACUCCACCGGCAAACAGCCCGGUCCUCAGCAAUUUGUCAGAGCACGGAAACUCAAGGAUUCGGCUUGGAGUCGGCGAAGCUGUUUCCUCAAAUCCUUUGUCUUCAAAUGGUAGAGAAACUGCUGGGAGUUCUCGCAGAAACUUACGCUUGCGUUUCAGUAACACCCAUCAACAGGGUCAUAUCCCAUCACCAAGAGAAGCGCAUGCGUCUUCCUCUUCUCGGCAUUCAUCAAGGGUACUUCUUCGAAAUCGUCUGAACCCAAACCCUCCUGUGGAGAAUGGAACUCAUCAUGUUCAGCCAAUUCUUCCGCAUAUUCCUUCUGUUCGUCGAAAUCAUCAUUCUAGAUGGAGUGGAGCCUCUAGCUCAAGAACUAGCAAUUCAUCUACUGCUGCUAUUUCUCUCGAGAGGGAGAGGGAUCCUAUUCUUUACGAAGAACCUUUUUUGGGAAAUAUUCCCAGAAGCUGGUCGGAUCAUCCGAUGUUUAUUCCACCAAGUGAGACAGGGGGUUCGUCUCAACAACCUCCAAACUGGAACUUAUCCAGCGGGGCAUCUGCUUCUCGGGCAGGUCCCACUGCAGGGGUUAAUUCAUCUUUACCUUCAUCUUCUUGGUCCCAUAGGAGUCAUCAUCCACAAUAUCCUCGUAGAUUAUCAGAAAUUGUUCGAAGAUCUCUAUUAUCUGCAGCAGGUACCGAACCAGGUGGAGGUCAGAGCAGCACAGCACCCGGUACAUCACAAGAAACAGAGCUUCCAUCCGGAUCUAGCAGUCGCGGUCCUCGUUCAUCAAACACAAGGUCAGCAUUGUUGGAGAGACAUCUGGAUAGUGCUUCCGCGUUACCUCAUUCACUUUGGAGCAUGGCUGCCGCUGGUGAAGGGAGAGGCAGCGUGAUGACCGAGCAGAUUCGUCACGUCAUAGAUCUCAUGCGAAGGGGAGAGGGCUUGAGACUCGAGGAUAUGAUGAUUCUUGAUCAGUCAGUCUUCUUCGGGAUGGGUGAUGUACAUGAUCGUCACCGGGACAUGAGACUAGAUGUCGACAAUAUGUCCUAUGAGGAGCUUCUGGCCUUGGGGGAGCGCAUUGGAGAUGUAUCCAUGGGAUUGAACGAAGAAACCAUAAUGGCUCGUUUGAAGCAACGCAAAUAUGGUGAUAGACGGGCAGAUCAAGCUGAGACAGAGCCGUGCAGUAUCUGUCGGGAGGAGUACAACGACGGGGAAGAUCUUGGCACGUUGGAAUGUGGGCAUGAUUUUCACAGAGACUGUGUGAAACAAUGGCUCACGCACAAGAACUUAUGCCCCAUAUGCAAGAGGGCAGCGUUGUCUACAUGAAGAUCCCGUCCCGUCCCGUCCCGUCCCAUCUCUCCGUAGCUGCUCUUCAACACAAGUCAUUUAUCUCGAGUCAUUUGAAGGCUAAAAACCUUGUUGAUUUGCUUCUUGUUAUGCCUUUACGCAUGACUCCAUCCACAGAAAUUCAAGGAACAAAAAAAAAAGGAAAGAAAGAAAGGAAUUUAUUGUGCCCUCCUUAUGUGGAGGAUCAAUAAUACAUUUAUUUUAUUUUUAAAUGAAAGUUGAAUUAACAUUAGGUUAUGGAAAAUAACUGUUUUUUAUUUGAUCA